UUCAAUCGAUAUGUUCUCUGUUUCGUUGCUAGUUGAUUCCGUUUGAUUAGGUCGUUGAUUCCGGAUAGAGUAGGUCGUUGAUUCCGUUUGAGUAGUUCGUUGAUUCCGUUACAGUAGCUCGUUAAUACUUAGUUUUUGCUGAUGAUUAUACGGUUUCUACUGGGGUUUUUGGUUGAAUUCAAACCGCUAACUAAUUUGUUUUUAAGCUCGUUCACUCUUCUUUUAACUUUCUCUUAUUAGUUCUCGUUGAAAUCGUUUUUUGAUGAUGAUUAUUGAUGUCUAGCUAUGUUCUUACUUAAUUUCUUUCAGGUUAUCGAAAAUGGGACAAGAUUACAGCUAUAGUCAGCCCUCUUCAUCAUCAGAGUCUCUAGACAUAACCUCUCUUCUUGAAGCCGAAUGUCAGAUGUACGCGGAUGAAGCUGACAGUGGCUACUGCAAUUCAUUGCCGGUUCAGUACCCACGUCAACCAGAGGCUGAUGAUGGAAUUCCCACGACAUGUUACUGUGGAGCUCAGCCUGUUCUCGGAUGCUCUUACACGUCUCAAAACCCAUACAGAAGAUACUUUACGUGCGACAAUGCGGAUGAUGGAGACUGCCACAUUUGGAAAUGGUGGGAAGUGGCAGUAAUGGAGGAGAUGAUGGAGUUUCAGAGACAACUUAGGGAUCUUAAGGUCCAACGUUAUGAGAGUGAGCAGAAGGUCCCUCACCUUGAGAAGACGGUACAAGAGCUUUCCAAGAACAAAUUAGGAGUUAAGCUAAUGGUCUGUCUGUUAGUUUUAAUAGGUUUCCUGUUAUUGAUUGUGCGAGGCAAGUUCUCUCCUCUGUUUCUUUGUAUUUUCUUAAAUUUUGAUGAAAACUUUUAAUGUUGUAUCUCAUGUUUUUUUCCAGGAAUCAUUGGAAAGGUUUCAAAGGAGAGUGUCGGUCCUCGGGAGUUUCUGUAAUAAGGUAUGAUAUUUUUUUAAAAGUCAAUACUCUUGUUGUGUUUGAAAUGGACUUUAGUUUGCUUGUAACUUGCUAUCUGCUCUGAUUUGAGUUGCUUUAAUUACAUAGUUAGGAAUUAAUUCCGCCUUGCUUUGGUGUUAAAUGA